GUUACGAUUCUGUGAAAUUUACUCCGGCACUUACGCAUUGUAACCUUAUUUAGAAAAUGACAUCUGUCAUCUUGACAUCCGUCGGCCCAGACUUGCCUCACUGAGCAACGCGAUUCUAACCUAACACCUUAGAGCAAAUCGAGCUGACCUAACCUGAAAAUUCUUGAUAUUUGAAGAAAAAAAAAGAAAGAAACGCGUCGCGCCGGAAGGCCGAUGAUCAAUCAAAAUAAUAAAAUAGAUUCUUAUGACAAUGCCAAUCCUUAGUUUUAUAGGUUGAACCAUUUUAUUGACCAUUAGCAGAGUGAUUAUAACUUGAAGCAAACCGGGCUAACCUAACUUAGAAAUUGUUAAUAUUUGAAACAAAACAAACACGCUGCACGAGAAGACCAAUGAUCAAUCAUAAUUAUUAGAUACACAUUUAUGACAAUGCCAAUGCUCGGUUUCGUCACUUUAACCCUUUUAUUGACCAACUGUCUCUGUAAUGUAGCGUCUUCACAGUUCGUCGAAAUGGCAUCUGACGAGGAGGACCAAGAAAAUAUAUUUAACCAGAUGUCCAAAUCCAACGAUAAAUUUACCACUAGAUUUUAUUCGAUGGUUGCACCCAAAGUUGGAGGCAAUACUGUCUGUUCUCCGCUAAGCGCUCACAUGAUUCUAUCUAUAUUGACGUACGGAGCACGAGGGAAAACUGCGGAGGAAUUGAGAAGCGCUCUUUACCUACUCAGCGACGACUCUCUGACCCAGAAUGGAUUCAAGUCCCUUCUACAGUCGUUGAAUAAUGCUACAGGGCUUGAAAUCAGUUUGGCAAACGCAAUUUAUAUUCAGGAGGGUAUAACUCUGAUGCCUGAAUUUUUGUCUAUGAAUUCGAAAUACUUUGAUUCAGAUACACCGAGGGUUGACUUCAAGAACAGUGUGGAGUCCACUCGACAGAUAAAUUCUUGGGUUGAAAAUCAAACCAACAACAGAAUCAAGAACUUAUUAUCCGCUGAUGCAGUGAAUGAAUGGACUAAAAUAAUAAUGAUAAACGCUGUGUACUUCAAAGGGAACUGGGCGAACAAAUUUAACACCGAAUACACAGAGAAUAGACCAUUUUAUAUAACAAAAGAUACUAAAAGACACAUUCCUACUAUGUAUACAAAGUCUGAGUAUGCUUACGCAGAGUUAGAAGAAUUGAAUGCCAGAGCAAUUCGACUUCCAUACUCAAACGAUGACUUCAGUAUGCUCAUUAUACUGCCGAACGAAAUUGAAGGGCUGCGGAAUUUAGAACAAAAUUUCAAUCGAGGAAGUAUUGAAAGUACUUAUUGGAGAUCGGGCAAAGUAGAGUUGUUCUUACCCAAGUUCAAAGUUGAAUCCACAAUAAAUCUUGAAGAAAUUUUACAAGAGAUGGGGAUAAAGCAAGUAUUUACCGAUUUUGCAGACUUGAGUGGGAUUUCACAAGCCCCAUUAAAGGUUGGGCACGUCCUUCAGAAAGCAUUUAUUGAGGUCAACGAGGAGGGAUCUGAAGCUGCCGCAGCUACCUUGGUUCAAAUAAGAUGCAGAAGAAUGGCUAGUCCGCCGGAAGUCUUCGAUGUCAACAGACCAUUCAUGUUCGCUAUUCAACAUAAGCCGAGUAAAAUUCCGAUAUUCGUUGGCAGUAUUAGAGAUUUACAGAUGCUUCCAACAAAAGACGAAUUGUAACAAGAUUCACUGUUUCUCAAGGGGACAACACGCUGAUUGCAAUGUUGGUCUUACUGUUAAACAAUGCUGGCCUUCAAGUAUAUUUACUGUCUAAUUACAAAUUCUAUCGCCUUCUGUGGUAUUUUACGUAUAUGUAUUCACUGUACAUAUUGUUACGUUUGAAUUUAACAAUUUAUAUCUCAAAUUUCAGAAAAAACAACGAAACUCUAUUGAUCUAUAAUCAGUAUUUACGUAUAAAAAUCUAACAUUGUAUUUAUGCAAUUUGAUGAAUUGCGUUGCUGUAAUUGAAAUUGAAACUUGCACGACAGUCAUAAUUAUCAUGAAACAUUCAUAACUCCUACAAUUGUUCGUCAGCUUUUUUCUUUAUAUUUGUAUUGUUAUGUCACGUAAUCAUUUUCACUAUAAAAUUAAAAUCCAUAUGAGUAAUUUAAUAAUAAAUUAGAUCAUAUAGAUGGAUUGACAAACAUUUCUGUAUCAAGACAAUACAUUCCAUAUCUCUGCUCUAUGUAUUGAUAUUAUUAACAUUACUAAUAUUGAUGUUAUUAUUAUUAUUAUUAUUAUUAUUAUUAUUAUCAUUAACUCGAAAAAGUAUUCAAAUAUAUUUAUUGAUCAUGUGUAUGUGUCAGAAAAAGAAGCUGUUUGAAAUAAAAGACACUCGAUGUUUUAACGGCGUGUUGUGUGAUCCCAGAAUGUAGAACGAUAAAAUUUGAACAAGUAAUUA